GGCAGAAAUGGCUGCAAGUGGCCGAGGACUCAGCCGGGGCAUAGGUGCCUCUUCUUGCCCUGCUUGGAGAGGAGCUCAUUGGGAAGCCAGAGGACGCCUAAAGCCUGAGUACGAUGCCGUGGUGAUAGGAGCAGGACACAAUGGGCUGGUGGCUGCGGCGUACCUGCAGAGACUGGGGGUGAACACGGCAGUCUUCGAGAGACGCCCAGUGAUUGGAGGUGCAGCUGUCACCGAGGAGAUCAUCCCAGGGUUUAAGUUCUCCCGAGCAUCCUACCUCCUCAGCCUGCUGAGGCCACAGAUUUACACCGACCUGGAGCUGAAGAAACACGGGCUGAGGCUUCAUCUUCGGAACCCCUACUCCUUCACCCCAAUGCUGGAAGAGGGCACAGGGAACAAGGUCCCCAGGUCCCUUCUUCUGGGCACAGACAUGGCGGAAAACCAGAAGCAGAUUGCCCAGUUCUCGCGGAGAGAUGCGCAGGCCUUCCCCAAAUAUGAGGCAUUCAUGAAUCGGUUGGCAUUAGCCAUAGACCCUCUGCUGGAUGCAGCGCCGGUGGACGCGGAGGCCUUCCAGAGGGGUUCCCUGCUGCAAAGGCUCAAGUCGCUCUCCACCCUCAAACCCCUGCUGCAGGCAGGUCGCGUGCUGGGAGCCCAGCUGCCCCAGUAUUACCAGGUCCUCACAGCUCCAAUUACAAAGGUGCUGGAUCAGUGGUUUGAGUCCGAGCCUCUAAAAGCCACUCUGGCAACGGAUGCUGUGAUCGGAGCCAUGACAAGUCCCCACACUCCGGGGAGUGGGUAUGUGCUGCUACAUCACGUGAUGGGGGGCCUCGAGGGGAUGCAAGGGGCCUGGGGCUAUGUCCAGGGUGGCAUGGGUGCCCUCUCUGAUGCCAUCACCAGCUCAGCCACUGCACAUGGAGCAAGUGUCUUCACUGAAAAGGCAGUGGCCAAAGUGCAGGUGAGCAGCGAAGGGCGCGUCCAAGGAGUGGUGCUGCAAGACGGCUCGGAGGUGAGGAGUAAGGUGGUGCUGUCCAACGCAUCUCCACAGGUCACCUUCCUGAAGCUGACACCACAGGAAUGGCUUCCUGAGGAGUUCGUGGACAGGAUCUCCCGACUAGACACCCAGUCACCUGUUACCAAGAUCAAUGUGGCUGUCGACAGGCUGCCUGACUUCCUGGCGGCCCCCAAUGCUCCCGGGGGCCAGCCACUGCCCCAUCACCAGUGCUCCAUCCACCUGAACUGUGAAGACACCCUCCUUCUCCACCGGGCCUUUGAAGAUGCCAUGGAUGGCCUGCCUUCCCACAGGCCUAUGAUUGAGCUCUGCAUCCCUUCCUCGCUGGACUCUACCUUGGCUCCCUCUGGCUGCCAUGUUGUCUCACUCUUCACACAGUACACUCCCUACACGCUGGCUGGAGGCAAGGUGUGGGAUGAGCAGGAGAGAAACGCUUAUGCAGACAAAGUGUUUGACUGCAUCGAGGCCUACGCCCCUGGCUUCAAGGGCUCCGUGGUGGGCAGGGACAUCCUCACACCGCCUGAUCUGGAGAGAAUUUUUGGGCUUCCUGGAGGGAACAUAUUCCACUGUGCCAUGACCCUGGACCAGCUCUACUUCGCCCGCCCCGUGCCCCUGCACUCCAGCUACCGCUGUCCUCUCCGGGGCCUGUAUCUCUGUGGCAGCGGUGCCCACCCUGGAGGAGGCGUCAUGGGAGCCGCGGGACGCAAUGCAGCCCAUGUCGUCUUCAGAGACCUCAAGAGCAUGUGACCCUGAACUGACUCUGACCCAGGACAAAGAAUCUACGCUUGAGAUUUUAAGUCCCCAUUGGGUCAGUUUCCCAGGAUACGGCAGACAAGCCCUCAUGCUCAAGGCACUAUUUUAGGAGAAACGUACAGGUUACAUUUGAUACUUGUUAACCUGGUACCCAUGUCUUCAUGAGUGAACCAGUUUUGUGUUAUUAAAAACAAUGUUUUAGAU